UGCUUCAUAAGUAGUUCCAAUUUCAAACGUUGAAAGUGAAAUAGAGUGUCUAAAAAAUAAUAAAGAUCACAAAAUUCCAUCAUGAUUGCAAAGGAAUUUGUUCGAAUAAGUUUUAUCGUCGUUUUACUCGCAAUAACAGCACCCGUUCAAUCUAUCAAAGUGAAUAUUACCAAAUUUGGAAAUUGUGAUAUGCUGGAUCCAAGCGAAAAUAUGGCACAUUUCGUACGCAUGAGUGAUAUUUCUUAUGAAUGCGAUGCCGAUGGCUAUUGUGACACUAUACAUGCUAAAUAUAAUAUACCAACGAUUAACACUGCGGAUAAAUUAAUGAACAUUACCAUGAUGAGAUGCAAAGCGAGUGGCAGUGAGCCGUGUGAUGAAAAUCCCGAACAUUUUUAUGAAAUUUUGCAUUGCGAACGGUUUCAUAAAGACGAAAGCGGUCCAUGGUUCAUGAUUUCAGAUGGUAUGCAAGCGGCCAAAUGCGGCGAAAUGACGGGGACUUUUGAAUUGAAAAAUGCAAAACUAAAGCCGGAAUAUCUGACAAAUUAUAUGGUUCAUGAUGUUGAUUUCCCGCGCCACCGAAUGAUCCAUAUGGUUCGUAAAGCUAUCGAAGGAAGUGAUGAGGUACCUAUUCGGGCUUGCAUUGACAUGGAAUUUAAUAUCAUAUUCCAAUGACUUGGCACUCAAUGUGUCAAUGGGUUGCAAUCAAGGUAAUCGCAUUGAAAAGCCAAAUAGUUUCAUGUGAAAUAAAGCACUUCAAUGUUAUUUGUUUCAA